AUGCCUAAGGUUUCGCUUGAGAAGGUUCAUAAGCAGAUCUCCAAAAAGCGUGGAGUUCUCAAUAUUAUGCAUGAGAACAGCCGCGAUGCCCACCGAUUGCGCAAAGCUGGUGCUCGUGUUGACCGACUGUCCCGCCAUAACCACACUGUGAACAGGGCCAGACAGCCUUACAUGGAUCGCAUUGAAUACAUCCACGAGGCCGUGCAGGAACACACCGAGGCCCUCACCACCGAACAAAUGACCGAGUUUGUCGCACAAUACAUUGAUCGUGACACCGAAGAAAUUCAACAGCUCCAAUCUGAGCGCCGCAAGGGACGUCCCCCAAGCAAACGUGAAGAGGCUCUCAAAGAGCGGGUCCAGACCGAAGAUCGCGAAUUCACCACCGGACUUUGGAUGCCAGAUCUCAGUGACCAAUAUGCCCUGACCGGUAUGAAGAACUGGAACGGACACUGGUCAGGUCUCAGUGCUAUCAAGUUCAUCCGAUUCACCAAGGAUGGAGAGAAACUCGCCUCCACCUUCCCUCCCAAGAGCAUGCCACCAAGCCCGCCUACGCUGCUUUCUCUACCUCCAGCAUCUUCAAGGCCCCCGCCGCUGAAGCACUGCGGAUAUACUAUUUGGACAUUGGCUGAUCUUUCUAUCUCUUCCACAGGUGACGUCGAGCUCCUCGCCAAGCUCGAGGAUGAGUUGAAGCACGAGAAGUCCUCCGAUAUUCCCGAAUUCAAGGAACAACAGGAAGUCAUCCAAGAGAUCAUCAAGGCCAACGAAUGGCAAGUUAAGGAUGUUGAGGGUGAGCAGGAAGUUGUUCUCUCCAAGAAGUUCGGCAACGAGAAGAUCAGCGUCAGCUUCACCGUCGCCGACAUUCAGAACAUCAGCGAGCAGGAGGACUUCGAUGAGGCUUCCCUUUCCGAUGACAUGGGAUACCAGAACAAGGAUGGCCAGGAAGAGGGCGAGCUCCCCGAGCCUAGCUUCCCUGCUCGCGUGAACGUCACCAUCGAGAAGCCCACCAACGGCGCCGUGCUCAUCCAGGCCGUCGUCCAGGACGGUGUUUUCGCCAUCGAGGAAGUCUCCCACUUCGCCAAGGCUGACCUUGCCGCGGCUCAGACUGCCGAGAAGGACUGGACUCGCCAGAGCCUUUACGCUGGCCCUCCCUUCGAGAACCUUGAUGAGGACCUCCAGAGCCUCUGGGAGCGCUACAUCGAGGACCGUGGCAUUAACGCCGAGCUCGCUACCAUGAUCCCUGACUACAUCUCCGUCAAGGAGCAGAAGGAGUACCUUCGCUGGUUGGAGAAUGUCAAGAACUUCGUUGGUGCUUAA